GGAGUCCGAGAGUCCGCGGCUGAAAAGGAGCUUUUGAAAUAGGGAGCUGCAGCAUGGUCGAGCGCUGAACUGCAACCUAUUUGUGCGGGUCUGCUAGAGUGAUGGUCUUGUAAGUUUAGUUUCUUUAAAAAAAUUGUAGGCCUAUAGCCUGUGUUAGUUUACUUGGUUUUUCUAGUACUCCUUAAGUUUUUGAAGUACCUGGGAAAUUAUUCGCGCCUAGGGCUAGCCUUCAAACUUCCAGAACCAGCCCUCACCCGUAGGUUACUUCUGAGAAACGCAGGUUACGUAUCCUCUUGCUUUGUGAAUCGAAGAUAUCAAAAGAUUCCAUCUUUACUUGUAUUUGUGGUUUCUGCCAAUGAACUUAUUUGUGGGUUACUCUUAUUAGCAUCCAUAAUACACACUUCUAUGAGGUUCUCGAUCGUCUUCGUUAAAUGCUUCAAUUGACCAUCCCAAAGUCUCGAUUCCCACUCUCCACCAUAUUCUGUAGACCCGCCAUCUCAGCUGCUGCCCUCGUGGUUUCUUCCGAGGAGCCGUCAAUCAGCACCCCCUACCCUAUCACUCCUUCCCAAUCUUCCCCUGCCCGAAAUGAAGCUGCCCGAAAAUUACUAUUUCUUUUCAGCGGUCUCUCUGCCAAGGGACUCACUGUCGAGAAAUUAUGCCAUGACCCUAGAUUUGGAGGCUUGCUAUCGAGGGUGAAUGCAUCUGAAGUGGAGAGCAUUGUUGAAUUGUUGAGGCUCAAAAGGCCGCACUUGGCUGUAGACUUCUUCUUCUUAGCUAAAGAGCUUGGUUUCAAGCACUCUGUGUGCUGUCAGCUUAUCGUGGCUCAUGUUUUGGCGGGAAAGCGGCAACUAAGGGAGAUGAGGUCCCUUUUAGAGGAAAUGGUUAAUGAAGAAGGAUCUGGUUCUGCAUAUUCACUUUGUGAGCUGCUUCAGAAUAACUUCGAAAAUUGGGUUUCUUGUAAUGUGGUUUGGAAUAUGCUAGCCUUUUCUUAUUUGAGAUCGGAUAUGGUGGUCGAUUGUCUAUGUGUUCUAUCUAAGAUGAAAGAUUUAAAUGUUGAAGUUUCAAUAAGGACAUACAACAAUUUGCUAUACAAUUUGAGGCACUCUAAUUCUCUGUGGCAUGUCUACAAUGAAAUAAAAGAUUCUGAGGCUUCUCCAAGUGAAUACACAAAAGCUGUAAGAAGAUUUUUUGAUGAGUUGACACAAAAUGGCUUGAUAGAUGACAUUGUUCUGUGGUUGAUCCACAGAUAUGUUAAGUGUGGUGAUGUCAGAGAAGUUGGCCAACUAUGCAGACUUUUAUUGGAGAGAGGAAUCGCUCUAAACACUAUGACAUUUAAUUCUCUUAUAUACGGAUUCUGUAAGGUCAAGAAGCUAGUAGAGGCAAGAAAGUUGAUUGAUGAAAUUUAUGCACGUGGUCUUAUGCCAACUGUUCAAACCUUCACAACUCUUAUGAAUGCAUAUGUUGAAGAGGGGGAUAUAAAAGCAAUGCUUGAUCUGCUUAGUGAAAUGGAGGAAAUAGGCAUAGAACCAAAUUGUGUUACUCGGACAGUGAUUUUAAAAUCUUUUUGUAAUUAUGGGAGGCUUCAAGAAGCUGUUCAGAUAUUAAAGGAUACAUUUGGUAAGGGCCUUUCACCUGAUGAAGUUGCUUUCAACACUGUUAUACGUGGGUUUGCCCAAGCAGGAGAUAUGAGGAUUGCCUUUUGUUUAUACAAUGAGUUGUUAAGGAAUAGUAAUAGCCAGCCUAAUCAUAUAACUUACAACAUUCUAAUUACCGGUCUAUGUAUAUUUUUGGAUAUAAGGGUUGUUGAUACAUUUUUCACCUUUCUUCAAGAUCAGAAUGUGUGUUUAUCAAAACAAGCCUAUACCACUCUUGUAAAAGCACAUUCUGCAAAGGGUGAUGCAAAGAGAGCAAUAGAUCUUUUUGAGCAAAUGAUAGAUACAGGAUAUGAGGUUUCAAUAAGAGAUUACACUGCUGUUAUUAAUAGGUUGUGUAAGCGCCAUUUGAUACAAGGCAUGCUAUAUUUUUUUGGUAUGAUGUUAUCAAGUGGCAUCACAGUUGACAAAAGAAUUCAUUUGGUUAUGCUCAGAGCUUUGCGUCGCAGAAAUGACUACAAGUCCUGGGAUCAGUUUCAUUGUUUGGUGGAUAAAUAUGGCCUAGAUCUGGGAUAAAAUUUAAGGGUCCACAUAAGCAGGAAGGCGUUUUGUCCAAUGGAGGAUAUAUUUGUUCCCUCAGUACAUUGUAUCUCAGGAUUGGGUUCUCUGUGUGUAUUUUGUGGGUGAUAUUAAGGUCAUAACAUCUACCUUUGGAUAUUUUGAAACUAGAAAAGGUUUUAGUUGUUGAGAGAGUGAUUGCAGCCUCUGGAUUGAAGUUUCUCUUGUGGGGACAAUGGAGAAGCGAGGCAUAUCUGGGGCUAGAGGAGGCGAGUGAAUGUGGGAUAUGAAAAUAGUUAUGGAGCUAUCCUUCAUGACUUUAGAUGAACCAACUACUGAUUUUGACAGCAACUCUUCUCACUUGUUACUUAUAUAAAGCUCUUUGCCGAAAAACACUUGCAGGAGUAAAUACAUGCAUGAUGCUUCACCAACCAAGGUGCGGGGAACUUUUGCUUGAAUCAUGUCAGUCUAGUGCCCGUGCUAAAUGUGGUUGGUGAGUAGAAAACAAAACCAACUCAACACAGUGUUAGAGGAUUGAAAAGCCAGGGAUUGACACCAAAUAUUUUAACAUGCCGGAGCACAAAGGUUUCUCUCUCUUCACGCUUGUAAAAUCCUACCGUGAAGCUCUUCGAUCAGAUCAGAAAAAUUCAGAUCAAAUCAGAUCAGAAAGAUUCAGAUCAGAUCACAAUCAUUCAGAUCAGAUCAGAAAGAUUCAGAUCAGAUCAGGAACAUUCAGAUCAGACCAGAAAAGAUCAGAUCAGAUCAGGAACAUUCAGAUCAGAUCAGAAAAGAUCGUUCUCCUUUGCAGCGCAAGUUAUGGAAAUAAAAAAGACACUCUCACCUUAUAAAUAGAGAUUGUUCAGAUGGCAGUAUUUUUCCCGGCUAUUGAUCAAUCUUUUCUAGGUGGCCUCAUCUGUGCUCUAACCUCACCGAGCUGGCUCCCAUUUUUUUCCGUCUUCUCGCGCCAACCGUCCAGGGACAUUCUCUUCUCAUUCCUUGCACUCAUGCAUUCACGAUGUGUUGUUUCUGCCUGAAAGGAACCAAAGGGAUAUGUUUGUGUUAGGAAACAGUUAACAUGAGAAGGCCUAGGAAACAGUUAAAGGUUUCUGGUGGCAGCAAAAUCAGGGGUCGAGUAGCUCAAAAGAUGGAUAAGCACACAGCAUAUAUCUUUGGCCCCAAAAAAAAUAUAUCUUUGGCCCCCAUGAGAAAAUCCAGCUACUUGUAACAUGGUAGUAGUUCCAUUGAGUUAGUAUGUGCUGGAAAGCCCGGUGCACGAAGGCAUCCCGCAAAGUGAGUGUCCGUGGAAGGGUCCCACCACAAGGGUGUAUAUGGGGCAAGCUUUCCCUGUCAUAUGUUUAGUUAAAAAGUUGGAUAAAGAAUGUUUACUUUUUCUCUCUCGACAGUCUUAAGAUCUUGCAUGGAUUAAGGUGUCUAUCAAUACCUUGAGCAUGGGAGAAUUUAUUUUAUAUGUUAUGCAAACCAUCUCAAUUGGGUAAAAUAACUGAUUUAAGGUUAUUUUGUGAUUUUAUUGUUAACCUGGUUGUAAUUAUUAAGUAUAAUUUUUAUAUCUCACAUUUCACAAGGCAUUAUUAUUUACAUAAAACAGUUGCUUAUUACAAUUGCAUUUGAGCUCG